UUGGACCCAGCCAUCACAUCCUGACACCCCACGCCUCGCGCGCCGCCACAGCGCGCCGACGCACCACGGCACUAGCCCGCGAGGGGCCGAGGCCUCAACCGGAAGCUGGAAUAGAAUGCGGCGCGCGGAGGUGGCCGUGGUGGGCGCCGGCGCGGCGGGGCUGGUGGCCGCGCGGGAGCUCCUCCGCGAGGGCCACGCUGUGGCCUUCUUCGAGAAGUCCGGCCGCACGGGGGGCACCUGGGCGUACGACCCGCGCGCGGACGCCGACCCGCUGGGCCGCGACCCGGCCUCCCCCGGCGCCGUGCACGGCAGCCUCUACGCGUCGCUGCGCACCAACCUGCCGCGCGAGCUCAUGGGCUUCUCGGGCUUCCCGAUGGCUGGCCGGGUCUUCGCGGGCGACCCGCGCGCGUUCCCGGGCCACCGGGAGGUGCUCGCCUUCCUCGACGCCUUCGCUGAGGAGUCCGGCGUCGCCGCGCGCGUCAGGCUCCGCGCCGAGGUGCUGCGCGUGGCGCCCCUAGGCCAGGGAGAGCGGUGGGCGGUGGCGUGGCGCGGGGAGGACGGCGAGGUCGCUGAGGAGGUGUUCGACGCCGUCGUCGUCUGCAAUGGCCACUGCACGGCGCCUCUGGUGCCCAAGAUCCGAGGAAUUGACAAGUGGCGGGGAAAGCAAAUUCACAGCCACAACUAUCGCGUCCCAGAACCAUUUCGAGAUCAGAGUGUUGUUGUGGUAGGAUUCGCAGCCAGCGGAAUUGACAUUGCUGCAGAAAUCUCGCGUGUUGCCAAGGAAGUGCACAUCGCGGCAAGAUACUCGGAAGACAGGCUUGGGAAGAUCGAACUCUACCAGAAUGUCUGGAUGCACGCAGAGAUAGAUGGCAUCCAAGACGAUGGCCGAGUGCAUUUUGCUGAAGGUUCAGCAGUAGCUGCAGAUACCAUUCUUUACUGCACAGGGUAUCGCUACCAUUUCCCAUUCCUCGACCUGGACGGGCUCACUGUCGACGACAACCGCGUCGGACCAUUGUACAGGCACGUCUUCCCGCCCAAGUACGCACCCAACCUCUCCUUCGUCGGGCUACCAUUCAAGACCAUCAUCUUCCAGGCACUGGAGCUGGAAUCCAAGUGGGUCGCCGCCGUCCUGUCGGGGCACACCGCGCUGCCGAGCGAGGAGGGCAUGAUGACCGCCGUGCGGGAGGACUACCGGCGGAUGGAGGAGGCCGGCAGGCCCAAGCGCCACACGCACGCGCUGUGGCCUGAAUGGGUGGAGUACAUGAACUGGCUGGCGGACCAGGUGGGGGAGCCGCACCUGGAGGCGCGGCGGCGCGACGUGUACGACAGGGUGCUCAAGUGCAUCUGGUCUCUGGACGACAGGUACAGAGAUCGAUGGGAAGAGGAGGAAGAAAGCGCGACGGUGGCGACUCUGCAACGCAAGGGAUCAAUCUGCCAAGCGUCGUAUCGUGAUUCCUCUAGAUGAUGAUUGAGCAGUAAGCCAGUAAUCUUCUGGCAAACAAGUUGUCGUUAAACUGGAAUGGAACCAAUACUGCGUCCCCUUUUUAUAGACGAGAACAUUGGAACAGGAAUUUUUUUAGUGUGCGAACCGAUUGUAUGGGGUUCCUGUACGUAUUCCGGAAGGUGGAUAAGCGUUGCAUCGCA